AUGCAAGAUUCAAUUAUAGCUCUGGAACAAUGCCGUAAACGUGUGAUUGCAAGUAUGCAUGGAGGCUACAUAUGUGGUGGAAUCGUUAUCAUAAUAGCCUGUGACAUAAGGGUUUGUACAAAGUAUGCCUUUUCCUCAGUGAAAGAGAUGGAUUUGGCUUUGGCGGUUGAUCUGGGAUCACUUCAAAGGCUGUCAAGCAUUGUUGGUUUCGGAAACACGAUGGAUUUGGCUUUGACGGCUAGAACGUUCUUCGAUUUGGAGGAAAAAUACAUGGAUCUGGUUUCUCGUGUUUUUUAUUUGCAACAUGAGCUGGAUAAGGGUGUUAGGAACUUGCUUAGAGUUGGUUUCUUUUUCUUAAUCUCUAUUUUCAUUCAUUAUUGUUAA